AAAUGGUUUGCUCCAUGCUGAUGCACGUUCCUCCCUAGCUUUGAGCUUUAUAUCAGCCUGCCUCCUUUCGUCCUUCUUUAACAGCCACAUGUAUUAACUGCAGAGGAAAUUACGUUAGUACGAAAUCAAGAAUGAGUAACGUUCCAGCCGAAGAGCGACAGGGGCACCUGGGAGACAUGGAGGGAAAGUCUAAGGCCGAGCUGGUGGACCUUUUACGGAGGCAGGAAUCACUCCUCAACAACAGGAGGUUCCUGAAUUCUUUGCCAGACAAAGGUGCAAGGAUUAUUGCCAUGGUGAAAAGACUUCAUCAACUCAUCCAUCAAAAAGAGGAAAUAGAGUCAGCAAUGGAGAAACUACAGAAGAUGCGGAUUUCAUCUCAGGAAAUCACAACAAUACAGGAAGACAUGGAAGAGGAAGAACAGUGUGAAAUAGAAGAAGAGACACUACCCCACAAUGAUAUUGAGGAAAUUCCAGAACAGAAUGUCAGCAAUAAAACAGAAGUCAACAAACUUUAUGACAACAUCUCAGUAUCUGCAAAUCAAGAUGAUAAACUGCUGACCAAAGAGCAGCAAAGAACAAAAAGUUUUAUGGCAAAAUAUUCUGAGGGAAAGGUGGAAAUGCCAAGGUUAAAUGUAGCCAUGAAACAGGACACUUCAGCAGAAAUAAUAGCUAAAGAGACUGGACUAAAGCCCACCCCACCGCAGAAGCACAAGUCACAAAUAGCUGUAGAGGAGACUGCUGCCACCCCUCCCCAGUACAAACAUGGUAUAGCCCAUGAACUUCCCUUAGACCAAGCCAUAGAGCUGUGGCAAAAUCAGCAGAGGAAACAAGAGGAGCUGCGAGCCAAACAGGCGUUCCAUCAUCCCCACUAACAUCAGACCACAAGCUUCUCCCAGCAAUACCACCAAUGUCAGCAUCUGAACAUCACUGAUACAUGUACAUGGAACUUUAUCUAGUUGAUUAACUUACAAACAUUUGUAAAUACAUAUAGUUAGUCUUCCUGAAAAAAGUAAUAAAAAUAACUCAUGAUAGCUACUCAGGUUUGUUGACAUAUAAAUAUGUGCUCACCUAAGAUGCACCUGCUUAAACUUGUUUUUACUAGUUUUAAUUGCAUACAUGUAUGUGUGGUGUUGUUCAGUUGAUAUCCUCAGUAGCCUAUUAUUUAGUAACUAAAUCACGUUAAUGGUGGGCAUGCCUCCAUCCUAGAGCUUGUGUUAACACAGGCUAAUAUCCUCAGUAACUGAGUAAUGCCAAAUGAUGCUGAGAAAGAAGCAAAAUAGACAAAGCCUCUUCCCCUCAUAACCACAACCACAACUGGCACAAGAAACACAAGGCCACAGCAAAUAAAUUUUAUGGAUGACA